AUGAACGUACGGCUCGUGUUGGGAAACGUUAUGAAUGAGAAAUAUAUAAAGAUCGCCUUGCUCUGCCUCAUUCUUACCUUUUUUUCACUAUUGGUUUACCUUCCUGUGUUAAAAAGAAAUGAAUCCAAGCCAAAAACAUCGGAGGUCUCCGAUUCGAUGGCCUCAAUCGUAAGAUGGGCCGAAGAUAAAUCUGUAAAUGCUCAAAAAGAAUUUUUUUCUCAUUUUCGGAGCUUCAAGGCCAGUGUAUUACUAUUUCUCUCAAAGAAUAAGCACUACUCCAACACACGGGUCCUUUGGAUUGCAUCAGACUCCAUUUUUCUUUUGCUAAUAAACCUAUUGAUAAGGAAGAACCGUAUCUUAUAUCCUCAACUCAGCAGUAUCGGUCGUCGAUUUUCGCUCCUCAUGGCAAUUCGUCUUCUUUUUCGAGGGUUUAUCACACUGUUUUCUGAGGAUAGGCAAAUCUUCCCCUAUUUUGAGCUGUUGAUGUCUCUUUCUAUUGCAUCAGUCUAUGUGCAUGUGCGUGGCAUUUUCGUGACUCUAUUUUCAGUUGUUUCAAUUAACAUGCUGUUUCUAUAUGCUAGGCGGGAGCUCUUCAUUGAUACUAAACAACAUGAUCCUUUUUGGAAACCUGAACAGAAUCUUGAAACUGACAUCCUCGACCUUGUCCCAAGGCUAGAGUUAGGAAAUCAUCAGCCUCCAUUGCGAAUGCUAAAAUCCCCAGAAAGAGCAUACGGGGCUAGUUUAUCUCUUGGAAUGGGCUUAGGAUCCUUGCUAUAUAAUCGUUAUAAUAGAGCCAUUGAAAGGCGAGAGCUGAAUUGGGUUAGAUUUGCAAAUAUUUCAGUAAAUCACUUUGAAGCAAUUCCAGGGGUCUUUUCCGAUUUUAGACAACUGCAGUGGCUUGAGGCUACAGAUAAUCCAAUUUUUCUUUUGGAAAUUUCUAGCCUUCCCCCCUCCUUGAUUGGGCUCUCUCUAAGUAACUGUAAACUUAUCAUUGCUCAUUGGGACAAAAAUACCAUUUGUACUCUUCGUUAUUUAAAUCUUUCUACAAACGCUCUGUCCAUGCUUCCAAGUGAGCCUCUUGAAGCACCAUUCCUCGAAGUCAUUGAUCUUUCUGGAAAUUUAGACCUUAAUGUUGUUGUUGAAGAUUUUAUUUUGCAAAUGCCCAACUUGGAGCUUAUUAUCCUUCCAAAUGGUGACAGAUAUUAUCCUAAAGGUAACAGGGAGAUCCCAAUUUCCCAACUAACAACUGCAGAUGCUAUUUGUAGGCAUUUAAACCAAUUUUAUCAUAUCGCUCAAGAUCCUCUUGCGGAUCAUCUUCUUGUCAAUCAAGAUUUCCAAGAUCUUUUUCAGGCUAAGGCUAAGUUUAUCCAAUUACUUUUUAUCGCCCUUAUCUUUCAGCCUUUACUUUUUGGCAUAUUCUUUGACCCUGUAAGUAUUGCUAGGCCAAUGUCUCAAACAAUUCCCAUAAAAUUUCCCAUGCUCUCUCAGUUGCAACUUUUGAGGCGAUUGCCUCGCUGGAAGCAUGGGUUCGUUCUCCCAUUUAUCUUGGGAACUACUGCUUGGUUUUCUGCAUGGUAUUCUGUGCGCUUUAAAGCUUACUAUUCGCUUUCUAUCAAUUCAUACCAGGAAGAAUUGUUAUCUAUUUCGCUUUCCAUUCUAAUUGCCGGAAUACUUUUAGGUUGGUCUUUUCUUUAUCGCAAUACAAAGCUUUACGCAAUGCAAGCCUUCACACCUGCGAUCUCAAAAAACGACUAUUUUGCAACUUCGGUUGCUCUAGAAAACAGUCUUUCGGUAGUCCUCGAUAUCGUUGAUCUUCAGUAUACCAAACUGUCCGAAGAAGCUUUUAUAGAAUAUUGCUCCAUAAGGAUUUGGAUUCCCUUUGGAAAAUCAAACGCCAAUAAUUUAUGUGCAACUCCUGCAACUCAUUCUCUCAAAUUGGGAAAGUCUGGUCUCUCCACGUCACAGAUGGUUGAAGAGGCUCUUCUCCGAUUUGGGCCAAAUAAGAAAAAAAUAGAAAUAGCGUUUUGGCCCUUUUUCUGGAACUUAAUUCUAAUUCCAUCCAACUUUUUCUUCCUUUUCGUAUCUGGGUUUGAAGCUGUUAUUGACUGUUCAUCUAUUGAUGGCCUUAAAAAUGUAUUGUCAUUUAUACGGCCUACCAUUAUCUUUGGAUUUCCAAUCUUUACCCGUGCUUUUAUGGAGAUAUGGGUUCACUCCUCAAAAUAUGACGUCAUUGCAAUGGUUUUGGACCUUUAUAGAUUUAUCCCACUUGACUCUACAAAAAUCUUGGUUAAAAGACAAGGGAAUCAUGAGAAAUAUAUUUCCCAUUCGGAAUUACUUCCUGGUGAUCUUGUUUUUAUUACGAUGGCAGGGAUUAUACCUGCUGAUAUGUUAAUACUCGAAGGACAAGCUGUUAUCUCGGAGGCUAUGCUUACAGGCGAAUCGGUUCCCGUCCAAAAGAUUGCAGCACCCACAGAAAUACUAAAUGCCAUUCUUGGUGGAAGAAAAUCCAAUAUUGAUGAGAUUUCAAAAUACGUUCUUUAUGAUGGAACCUUUAUGCAAGCAAUUUCUUCUGAAAGUUCUUGUGUUAGGCGUAUUAAGGCAAUUGUCCUAGCAACUGGAUUUUCAACCAGAAAAGGUUCAAUAAUACAGACCAUCAGAAUUGGAACUCGGCGUGCAUUUUCUACGUCUUCAAAUGCACAGUUGAGCAUUAUUGCCUCUACCAUUGCUAUAGUGUCGAUUGCCAGUAUAUAUUUGAAAGAAUUCCUGUUUAAAAUUGGAGACUAUAUUCUAGAUAUGCUCAUUGACCUUUAUAAAGUCAAUAUUGGGAAUCGAUUUGAUAAAUACUUAUCCGUCGUUGAAUUGGAAGACUAUGGAGAAAGUGCGACUCUAUUCAAGCAUAGUAGUAGUGAGCAUUCUAUUUGGACCUUAUUUUCCUCCUCUUUACUUGCUGUUGGGAGAGGGAAAAUAUACUUGGCUAGCUAUUUUGAGUUUACACAUCAUAUUGCCAUGAAGCUGUUUUCGAUGACUGAUGA